CCACACUCUUUCGCUCCCAGUAAAUUGAAAAUUUUCUUUUCUUUUCUCAUUAAACAAACACUCACACUUCACUCACUCUUCAGUCUACACACUUUUCUUACUCUCCAUGAACAACUUACGCUGAACCUAAACAAAACACAAACCCUCUUCACAUUCAAAUAUCAAUUACCCAUUCUUCGUUCAUUCACUCUUCAACUCCAAAGACAAAAUCAUAUGGAGAAGAAACAAGGCUUCUUUUCGGCUCUAAAAGAUGAAGUCGUUCGCGGGCUUUCGCCGUUACGGUCUCGUUCGCGGUCCUCCAGCCCAGCCAGAGCCAUGUCGCCCAUUUCAUCGUUGCUGCGGAGGAUGAAACACCAGAGUUCGUCUAACCAUUACGUAGCAAAUCCGGAGCAGUCGGUUGCGAGAUCCGGGAGUCUUAGGCCCGUGGUGGGGGAGGCUCUGGCACCGUUAAUGGAAGGCCCGGAUCCUGGAGGGGAAGUAGGGGAUUCGAAGCGGGUCGGGUUGGGGUUGGGGCAGUGGGUUAAGGGACAGUUGUCGAGGACGCCGUCUGUUACUGCGAUGGCUUAUAAGAGGUCUGAUCUGAGGCUGUUGCUUGGUGUAAUGGGCGCACCAUUGGCCCCGCUGCAUGUCAGCAACAAUGACCCUUUGCCUCACUUGAGCAUCAAAGACACUCCCAUUGAAACUUCUUCAGCUCAGUACAUAUUGCAGCAGUACACGGCAGCCUCUGGUGGGCAGAAGUUACAAAACUCUAUUCGAAAUGCAUAUGCAAUGGGGAAGGUUAGAAUGGUAGCUUCAGAGUUUGAAACUGCUACUAGGAUGGUUAAGAAUCGGAAUGCCUCUAGAUGUGCAGAGUCUGGUGGAUUUGUGCUCUGGCAGAUGAAUCCAGACAUGUGGUAUGUUGAACUUGCCGUUGGAGGUAGUAAGGUCCACGCGGGUUGCAAUGGCAAGCUUGUAUGGAGGCACACUCCUUGGCUUGGUGCUCACACUGCCAAAGGGCCUGUUAGACCCUUGCGCCGUGCACUGCAGGGUCUUGAUCCGAGAACAACAGCUAGUAUGUUUGCUGAUGCUAAGUGUAUUGGAGAGAAGAGGAUUAAUGGUGAGGACUGCUUCAUUCUCAAGCUUUGUGCAGAUCCUCAGACUCUGAAGGCCAGGAGUGAAGGUCCUGCAGAGAUCAUUCGACAUGUGUUGUUUGGCUACUUCAGUCAAAAGACUGGACUUCUUGUUCACAUGGAGGAUUCCCAUCUGACCCGCAUCCAAUCCAAUGGUGGUGAUGUGGUUUAUUGGGAGACAACAAUCAAUUCUUUCCUUGAUGAUUACAGACCAGUCGAAGGGAUUAUGAUUGCGCAUUCUGGUCGUUCUGUCGUGACACUUUUUAGAUUUGGAGAGAGAGCAAUGAGCCAUACUAAAACUAAGAUGGAAGAAGCAUGGACUAUCGAAGAGGUUGCAUUCAAUGUUCCAGGUCUCUCAAUAGAUUGUUUUAUCCCCCCAGCUGACUUAAAGUCAGGUUCCAUCAGUGAGGCGUGUGAGCUGCCUCAGGAUGACAGAGGAAAGAGUGCUAUUGCUUUAGCAGCACAUCGAGCUAAAGUUGCUGCACUGGAGAGAGCUCAUGAUGGUAGCACUGAUAACAUGACAUGGAAGAUGAAAGUAUAACAAAGGGUAGGAUGAUCAAAUCUGGGCAAUUGUUUAUAUUGGUAGCUGGUAAUGUCCUAACCUAUUAGAAGUUGUGUAGUAUUAGUUUAAGUCAGAUUUUUAAACUUCUGAAUAUGCCUCUGUUAAUCUGUAAAUAGAGUGUAAUCAUCAUUCACAGGUUCUCUUGGGGCCUGAAUGGAUUCAUAUACUCUUUAAGCAGAAUCCAACUACGGAGUUGGAGCUCAAUUUUCCAUUUAGGGAUAGAGCAAAUGGAGGUUAGUUUUUAGUUUACCUUCUAUGCUUAAAGGAAGGGUGGUGAAGCUGUGGCAUAGCAGAGCCAUUGACCUAUCUCUGUUCAACCAAUUAUCACGCUUAAUCAAUACAGCAGUGGCAGUGGAAAGGAAGAACUGUUACUGGCUGGCUUAAUUUCAAUUUCAAGACUAAAUCUAGUUUGUUCAUCCUUCUUAACUUUCCUGGGAGUGGUUGUUUGAUUGCUGUAGUUGUUUCUGGGUUUGGGAAAGAAUUGGGAUUUUUGCUAGAUAUGUGAAGGGAAAGUGGGCAGUGUAAAAUGAGAAGAUGAUAUACUGUUCGCUUGUCUAUAAACAAGUGACAUGCAUUUUUCCUUUUUGACUUGUCAAUUGGUGUACGUUUUUAACCUUUGGAUGAAGUUUUUUCUUUUUUUUU